CUUGGCACCGCUUGGCUCGCAUCAGACGCAGCGACAUGCCGACAAGGGCCCCGAUAGCAUCGAGACGACUGAAGGCGCCCGGCAGCAAAACACAUGGCUAUAUAUAAGACUUCCCCGCGCCCCAUCAUGCAGAGACCAUCGCCAGUGGCUUUGUGCUUCUUCACACAGGGCCCUCUCUUCUUCCACGCUUCCCCCGACUCUUUGCUGAAGCAUACCGAGCACCAUGGCGAGCACCAACCGCCCCGCAGACCCCUUGGCCAAGGGAGUCAUCCCUACCGCCAAACAGAGUCUCAAGGACCUGUUCACCUGGGACCAGCGUGUCGUCGUUCGCAAUGACUUUGGCGAGGAGCAUUGCGAGUGGCAGAAGCCGGAGCCUCUCAAGAACCCAAUCAGCCUCUUCGCCCAGCUGGGAUGGAAAGACUGGCUGUACUUUGCCGUUGGGUUUCUCGCUUGGACGGCUGAUGCCUUUGACUUCCACGCCCUGUCGAUCCAGACCACCAAGCUCGCCAAAUACUACCACACGACCAACACUUCCAUCACGACGGCCAUUACUCUGACACUGCUUCUCCGCUCCGUCGGCGCUGCCAUGUUUGGUGUGGCUGGAGACAAGUUUGGCCGCAAAUGGCCCAUGGUUGUCAACAUGAUUGUCCUUGGUCUUCUCCAGGUGGCCACCAUCUAUGCUGGCACCUUUCAGCAGUUCCUGGCGGUCCGCAGUCUGUUCGGUCUCUUCAUGGGAGGUGUCUACGGAAACGCAAUUUCCAUGGCGCUGGAGAACUGCCCUGUCAAUGCCCGUGGUCUCAUGAGCGGUAUCCUGCAGCAGGGUUACUCGUUUGGCUAUGUCAUCGCCGCCUGCGCCAACCUGGGCGUCGGUGAUGCGACCAACACCUGGAAGACUGUCUUCUGGGUUGGCGCCGGCUUCUCCAUUGCUGUCGGUCUUGUCCGAGUCUUCUUCCCCGAGUCCAAGCAGUUCCUCGAAGCGAAGCGAUCUGGCACCAAGAAAGCUCCCGGCGCCUUCUGGGCAGAAACAAAAGAAAUGCUUCGCACCGAGUGGAAGAUGUGCGUUUACUGCAUCAUCCUGAUGACCUGGUUCAACUACUACUCCCACACCAGCCAGGACAGCUACACCACCUUUAUGAAGCAGCAGAAGCACCUCAGCCCCGCUGGUGCUACCCGCGCCUCUAUCCUCAUGAAGACUGGCGCUUGUGUUGGUGGCACAAUCCUCGGAUACACUUCGCAGUGGUUCGGUCGCCGCCGAAUGAUUGUCUGCGCUGCCCUGAUCUCUGGCUGUCUCAUUCCCGCCUGGAUCCUGCCUACCACUGAGCGCGGCCUCUCCGCAUCCGGCUUCAUGAUCCAGUUCUUCGUGCAAGGUGCCUGGGGUGUCAUUCCCAUCCACUUGAGCGAACUGUCCCCGCCUGCAUUCCGCUCUUCCUUUGUCGGCAUCACCUACCAACUCGGCAACAUGAUUUCCUCGCCCUCGGCCCAGAUCGUCAACGCAAUUGCUGAGUCGACCAUGAUCACAACGUCAAAGGGCACUGCAUCUCCCGCCUACGGACCCGUCAUGGGCGUUGCUACUGCCAUCAUUGUCAUUGGCAUCGCAGUGACUACUGCUUUGGGACCAGAGAAGAAGGGCCGUCAUUUCGAAGAAGCCGGUCCUAUUGGCGCAAACGCUGAGCCUGUCAAGGACAUCGAGACGGGAAGCAUCCAGAGCGAGAAGGGGGGUGCCAGGGCAGUCGAGAUGGUUGAUGAGACCAGCAAGGCCGAGAAGGUUUAAGCAUAACAGUUCGAUUUGUAACGGGCGUAAUCCUCUCUCUCUAUUACUCUAUUUAGAUCAUGACUUGUAACGAAGCAAUACUAUAAUCUGAUCCUCAAAAGCC